AUGCCUGUGCAAGAGGGACAACAGCAACAAGAGCAACAGCAGCAGCAGCUUAAUAUCCAAUUGGGUGUUCCAAUUGGAACAUCAACAAUUGAAACAAAGGCAACAUGCUCAACACCGGCUAAAAUGCCAACUGAUGCACAAGCUCAAUUAGCGCAUUACAAGCGUUUAAUUGCCCAGCUUGAGUCCGAUCAAGUGAAUGAAACAACUUCACAAAAACUCAAUAAUUACAAUCCGAAUCACUCUUCUAGUGAGCUAUUCGUUGACAUUGAGGGCAGCGAUGGUAUAUCAUCAACAAUGGAUGCAGCCCAACAGCUUCUAAUGACUGCAUCCUUACAUCCUGUCCCAACUACAGCAGCAACAGCAACAACAAUAGAUCCACCUAAUAAAAUUAUAUGCAUAAGCAGUGAUUCCAGUUCGACUGGUAACACAUCCAGUAAUGGUUGUUUAGACAGCAAUAUUGCUACUACCUCAACAACUGGCGCUAUGCACUAUAAAUUGCUCCAUCAAUCAGGCAAAAAUGCUAAAACAAUUCGUCGUAAAAAUACGCGUAAAAUCAAUCGCCAAACUUCGUCAACUUCUCGAUCCAUACAACAGGAUGCAUCUCGAAGCAAGCAAAUUGCAAAUCGAAACACUCAGUCCAUCCAUCACAACCAUCUGCAGCAACAGCAGCAGCAGCUGCAGCAGCAACAACACCAUCAAUAG